AAGGAAAGAGAUGUUAUUUUUUAAACGGAGGGAAUAUAAAAUUAUAAAGAGCCUCAUUCUCUCUCACAUGCUUUAGAGGGUCUUGCUUACUUGCACUUAAGUCUUAAACUCACACCUCCAGCUCAAUCUUCAAGAAAAUAAAAGGUUAAGAGGCAAGAUGUUAGAAGACAAAAUAGAUGACAAUGAGAUAGAUCAAUGGGGAGAAUUCCCUGUAGUAUUACAACAGAAGAGUAUGGAAUAUUCAAUUAAAAGCAAGAGAUCCUCGCGAGCUCGUUAUUCCUAUGGCAUUAUAUUCUUGAUAACAAAUCUUAUAGCUUGGUUCGUCCGUGAUUAUGGUGAAAGGGUUCUUCCUCUGCUUCAUUAUUCAAAAGCAUGUGGAAAUGGCGGAAGUGAAUGUUCUCAUACGAUGGGGGUUCUUCGUGUGAGUUUAGGUUGUUCUGUUUUCUUUUUAGUAAUGUUUUUUACAACAUGUUUCACAAGCAAGUUGUAUGACGUUCGCAAUGUAUGGCAUUCUGGAUGGUGGAUUUUGAAGUUUGUCAUGUUGAUCAUUUUUACGGUGAUUCCAUUUUUCAUCCCCUCUGAUUACAUCCAGUUAUACGGUGAAUUUGCUCGAGUAGGUGCAGGAGUUUUUCUCAUCCUUCAGUUAAUAAGUGUGAUCGAGUUCAUCACGUGGUGGAAUAACUAUUGGAUGCCUGAUGAAAGAAAGAAACAAAGCUGCUCCCUUGGCUUAUUCAUGUCGACAGUAUGUUACAUUGCUUCCAUUUGUGGAAUUGUCGUGAUGUAUGUCAUUUAUGCCUCCAAAACAUCAUGCAUUCUGAACAUAUUCUUUAUCUCCUGGACUGCAAUUCUGCUGGUAGUAAUGAUGGCUGUAUCUUUACACUCUAAGGUAAAUAGGGGACUUUUAUCUUCUGGGAUAAUGGCUUCUUAUGUUGUCUUUCUCUGUUGGAGUGCUAUUCGAAGUGAGCCUGUCACUCAGAAAUGCAGCUCUCAGCAACAAAACAGCGCGCAUGGUGGUUGGACUACUGUAAUUGGCUUCUUGAUUGCUAUAUGUGCCAUCGUCAUGGCAACGUUCUCCACUGGCAUCGACUCACAAACAUUUCAGUUUCGCAAGGAUAAAGUUCAAUCAGAGGAUGACGUUCCGUAUAAGUAUGGCUUCUUCCACCUAGUGUUCUCCUUAGGAGCAAUGUACUUUGCUAUGCUAUUCAUCAGUUGGAAUCUUGAUGGUUUGCCUAGAAAAUGGAGUAUUGAUGUUGGUUGGGCUAGUACAUGGGUAAAGAUAGUGAAUGAGUGGUUUGCUGCCACAAUUUAUUUGUGGAAAUUGAUAUUGCCAGUAGUGAGACAGACAAAAGUAAUGGAUCAUGAAGAGACAGAACAAGAAAUGGACAACUCAACUUCAGUGUGAUUUUUGUUCCUAGAUAAGUGUCACUGGGGCUAUGUUUGUUCGAAUUUUUCAAAAAUUUCGACGAUUGUGUAUGGUCGAAUGCUUCAAAAGUUAAAUGUUUUUUGAGAAUAAGACACGGACGUGAGAACAUAGGUUGUAGGCAGUAAAGGUGGCAAAAUGGGUAAAAUGAACAACCAAUGGAUGACAAAAUUUACAUGAGUUCAACGGUUGUUAAGUGGGUGAUAAAUGGUUAUUUCAUGUUAUAAAAUAAUUUAUUGGUAAAGAUUCAAAAUAAUUUACAUGAGCCAAUUUAUCACCCUUCAUUUACUCUUUUUACCACUUGUUUUGUAUCAUGUGUUUGUCAUUUUUUAAAAAAUGUACUUUUAGGCCUUGUAGAUUCUUAUUAUCAUGGGAAAGUUGAUGAAUU